AUGGUUGGCGCAGUACUUCGCCUUAUGCUUGAGGACAGGAAGGUUCCGGACAGCGUACCUAUAUCCGUGAUUGGUGAACUGGGGAAACUAUUCAAGCGGGUAAAUGUUGACUGGAUCAACAGCUUCUUAGAGGAGACUCGGACCCUUUCGCCAUCACAAUAUGGAUUUAGGUCGGGAAGAUCCACCGCGGAUGCUGUCCUAGAUGUUAAAAACUUCGUGGUGGCAUCGACGCGGUUCAGGAAGGUGGUUAUCCUGGUGAGCCUCGAUUUCUCGGACGCUUCCAGAUCCUUGCCGUGGGCCGUUAUCGUUAGGGCGAUGGAGCGUGAAAAUUGUCCACGCUACCUGGUGAACAUUAUCAGGAGCUACAUGGAAAAUCGCGCAAUCGCGUUUUCGGACAAGUAUGGACGCGCUGUGGAAAGACACGUGUAUUGUGGGGUCCUAUAG